AAAGAGGAUAGGAAAAGUGUAUAGCUUUUGGCGUUCCGUGAAGGUAUCUAUCUAUCUAUCACGCAGCACAUGUUUACAAUAACGUGACGCCAUUCUCGCUCACACCGCUUGAUGAGUGUGCGUGCAUGUGCGUGCUCUCUUCUUACUAUUAGAGCAGUAUCUGCUGCUUACUUACUACCAAAACUAACGCUCUUACAGUUUAAUUAAUUUCAACACAAAUAUCUUCUUCUCUUCCGAUCCACAAAAUGAAUAAGACUCGCAAUUCUUCUUCUUCUUCUUCUCCUGUAAUUACCUUCGAUCACAAGAGGGAUGCCUAUGGAUUUACUGUGCGACCUCAGCACCUGCAAAGAUACCGCGAAUACGCUAGCAUUUACAAGGAGGAAGAAGAGGAAAGGGCCGAACGGUGGAAGUCAUUUUUAGAUAGGCAGGCCGAGACAGAGUCUUCUGAGUUGGACACAAACAGAACACUUGUGGGGGAAGGGGAGAAAGUUUCUGGUGCUGAAUCUGUGGGACAAGACCCUGAUGCCAGCUCAGAGAAGGGUGUUGAUGGGCAACAAGCAAGCUGCGACAUGCCUGACAGCGCUGAUACUGGUUGUCAAAAGGAGGAGUUACCGGCAUCUGAGGAGACUAGAAUUCAUAGAGUUCAGUUAUGGUCAACCAUAAGAUCAUCUCUGAACACUAUUGAGGAUAUGAUGAGCAUUCGUGUUAAGAAGAAAACUGGGUCGGUAAAAGAUGAGCUGGUCACUGAAACUGAGUCACUAUCUCUUGCUGAUGGUGCAAAAUCCCCAAAAGGAGCAUGUGAGGAAGAUUCCGACGAGGAGUUCUAUGAUGUUGAGAGGUCAGACCCUAGUCUAGAUACUCCUCUUGUUGAUGGCUUGAGUACCUCAACAAAUGGUAUUGCUGCUGCUGCUGCUGCUGCUGCACCACUAGAGACUUCGUGUCCUUGGAAAGAAGAGUUGGAAGUUCUUGUUCGUGGGGGAGUUCCAAUGGCACUGAGGGGAGAGCUCUGGCAAGCUUUUGUGGGUGUCAAAGCAAGGCGGGUAGAGAAGUAUUAUCAGGAUCUACUGGCCUCCAAUGGUGAUUCUGGAAUUAAAAGUAAUCAUCAAAACGGGCAGUUAGAUGACAAUGAUGGGAAAACAAAUGCAGAAUUCAUACAUGUACCAGAAAAAUGGAAAGGACAGAUUGAGAAGGAUCUGCCGCGGACAUUUCCUGGUCACCCUGCUUUGGACGAGGAUGGUAGAAAUGCUUUGAGACGAUUACUUACUGCAUAUGCUCGACAUAAUCCCUCUGUUGGUUACUGUCAGGCCAUGAAUUUUUUUGCUGGCUUAUUGUUGCUUUUGAUGCCUGAGGAAAAUGCCUUUUGGACCUUGAUGGGCAUUUUAGAUGAUUAUUUUGAUGGCUAUUAUUCAGAGGAUAUGAUAGAGUCUCAGGUGGAUCAACUUGUUUUUGAAGAGUUGGUGCGGGAGAGGUUUCCCAAAUUGGCCAAUCAUCUAGAUUAUCUGGGAGUGCAGGUUGCAUGGGUGACUGGACCAUGGUUUCUUUCCAUUUUUGUGAACAUGCUUCCUUGGGAAAGUGUGCUUCGAGUGUGGGAUGUGCUUCUUUUUGAAGGAAACCGAGUCAUGCUAUUUAGAACUGCAGUUGCUUUAAUGGAGCUAUAUGGUCCAGCCUUGGUAACAACAAAGGAUGCUGGAGAUGCAGUAACUUUACUUCAGUCAUUAGCCGGCUCCACAUUUGAUAGUAGUCAGCUUGUAUUGACAGCUUGCAUGGGUUACCAAAAUAUAAAUGAAGUUCGAUUGCAGGAGCUGAGGAAUAAACAUAGGCCAGCUGUAAUAGCUGCAAUUGAAGAAAGAUCAAAAGGGCUUAAAGCUUUGAGGGAUGCUAAGGGUCUGGUAUCAAAGCUAUUUGAGCAAUCGAAUAAUGCGCAAGUGCUUGGGAAUUUAUCCCGUACAGAAUCUGGUUCUACAAAUGCAGAUGAAAUUUUGAUUAGUCUUACUGGAGAGGGUGAGAUAGAUUCAGCUCCAGAUCUUCCAGAGCAGAUUGCAUGGUUGAAAGUUGAACUUUGCAGAUUAUUAGAAGAGAAAAGAUCAGCUAUUCUCAGAGCAGAGGAGCUUGAAACAGCAUUAAUGGAGAUGGUUAAGCAGGACAACAGGCGGGAACUGAGCGCCAAGGUAGAGCGACUAGAAGAAGAGGUUGCUGAGCUUCGACAAGCACUUUCUGAUAAACAAGAACAGGAAACUGCAAUGCUUCAGGUCUUGAUGCGGGUAGAGCAAGAACAAAAGGUUACAGAGGAUGCUCGCAGAUUUGCUGAGCAAGAUGCAACUGCACAGAGAUAUGCUUCCCAAGUGCUUCAGGAAAAGUAUGAAGAAGCAAGUGUUGCACUUGCAGAAAUGGAGAAGAGGGCAGUUAUGGCUGAGUCUAUGCUGGAAGCUACUUUGCAGUAUCAGUCUGGCCAAACUAAACUGCAACCAUCUCCACGAUCUUCACAGCCAGAAUCUCCCGGAUCUAGAAACAAUCAAGAGCCUACGACGGAUACCCCUACCAGGAGGAUAAGUUUGCUUUCUCGACCAUUUGGACUUGGAUGGGGUGAUCGAAACAAGGGGAAACCUACUAAUGUGGAAGAACCAGCUGUAGUAGAAAGUCCUGUAAGUCAACACGAGGGAAAUGGCGUUAAAGUACAAGAUGAGUUGGAAACAAGAUAGUAUCAAUAUUUCACUUUGCCUGCCCUUCCCCAGACGGUUUGAGGAGCAAGAAAUCAGUUCCCUGUCUGUAAUUUUGUUAUAGGCGAACAUAUAUUUUCCUAUAUUUCAUUAAUUGUUUGUUCUUUAUUAUGUCAUAGGAUAAUAGUAUUGGAUUCAUCAACAACAAAAAAAAGAAUAAUAGUAUUGGAAAGAAAGUGUACGAAUUGUGAUGCAUCUCAUCUUUAUACAGAUCAUAAUACUAUGUGUUUUGCACA